AUGGAGGAAACGAUCAACAAGGAUGGAGAGGCACUUUCUAUGGCGCGAAGGAGUACUAAGAGAUCUAAGAGUGGGGAGGAAAUUCCCAUGGAGGUACGCAUGCGAGAAUCGGUGAAGGAGUAUCAAUCGGUUCCAACGAUGAAGGUUAAUCAAAGAUCUUUUGCUGAGGUUACGGGUAUGGAGAACGGAGUUGCUGGUGACUCGCUUCCAUGGCUAGCUGAGGAAGAGGUUCCUGACCUGGAACCACUGGACCCGAGUUUGGGGGAGAUUUCGGAGUGGGGCUUCCAAAUGAUUUUUAGGGCAGAUGGAUCUGUAGAAAUCAAGAGUAAUAGUGAAGCCAGAGCAAGGAUGAGGCAGCGUUGGAAGAAUGCACUAAUUGUCAAAUUGCUUGGCAAAAGGAUAGAGGUGGGUUUCAUGAAGAAGAGACUAGAAACGCUUUGGGCUAAGGCAGGGAAUAUUACUGUUGCUGACCUUGGUAAUGAAUUUUUUUCAGUAAGAUUCAGUAGUCUAGAGGAUCUUAAUCUAGCUAUUACGGGAGGACCUUGGGUUAUUUUAGGUCAUUACCUGGCCAUUCGCAAAUGGGAACCUUGUUUUGAUCCGGACAAGGCCAACAUCCACAAGGUGGCAGCCUGGGUCCGCCUUCCUGGGAUUCCCCAAGAAUAUUGUGAGUUUCCCUUUCUUAAUCAGCUGGGGAAUGUGAUUGGGAAAGUGCUCAAAGUUGAUAGAACCACAUCUACUGAUGAUAGGGCCCGUUUCGCUAGAGUUUGUAUUGAGGUUGAUCUAGCUAAGCCUCUAAGGGGGUCGUAUAUCCUUGAUGGUUGUAGGAAGAUGGUGGAGUAUGAGGGUUUGUUCUUGAUUUGUAUUAAAUGUGGUAGGUAUGGACACAAUUCGAACUCUUGUCCUGAUUAUGUUAAGUCUACAGCUUCGGCUAAGCCUGAUAUGCCUCCUGAGCAAACUGUUGAACUUCCCUGCAACCAAGAAGUAGGCCCUUGGAUGGUGGUCCAGCGUAGGAGAAAACAUCAGCAGCAAAUCCAGAAGAAAGAAGCUGUCAGUGGAAGGAAAUUUGGUGAAGAUAUCUCUAACAUAAAGGAUCUGAAGAUUUCAGAAUCAAAUCCUAAGGUGGAGAAUGAUGUUCAGGAGACUAGUGAGGGUAACAAGCAAGGAGCAGUCCAUUCUUUGGCUAAAGUAAGUAAGGAGAAUGAGGUGUCACAGAAGGUAGAUCACUCCACUGAUGUAGAGAUGAAAUUUAAGGCAGUUGCUAAUGAGCAGUUGAAGAAGGCCCCUGGUGGUAAGCCUGCUAUGUCAAUUAAUAAGAAUCUUGCUUCGAAGAACCAGAAUGCCAAAAGAAAAGGUGCAAACAGACCAGUGCUCGCUGUGAGUGCUUCAGGCAGUAGAUCAAAGAAUAAGAAGGGCAGUAGUGGAGCUGGAAUAGUUCAUCAGGUUAAGCUGGAUCAACAGAAAGGUACUAGGUAG